CAAGCUGGAGAGAGGCAAUCUGACUGUCAGAACAUGCGUCGGACUGUACAUACUAAUCCUCCGAAGAUGCAUCAUGCAGCCGCUGUGCAUGCAGGUUGAAGCGAUGUCCCCACCAAGCUCUCCUAGCCAAAGUCCUGUUCGCCAACGCUGUGCCAGGUGUGGGCUGUCUUUGGACAAUGCAUCUUUACUAUUGGUUUGUGAGCACAACUUAUGCCUGCACUGUGCUGCUCAGUCGCUGGAAGCUUGCGAAACCUCUGGGGACAAGAGGCACGUUGCCCAAUGCAAGGUCUGUGGCGCUGUGACUGAGGUGGACUUGGCAGCAGCUACUUAUCUUGACAGCAUCUCGCCCAAGCGAGCACCUUGCAGCGAGGGGUCCACUCAGCUAGCUGCUGCGAGUGCUUUGGGAAGUCCAGCAUUAAGAACGGCCUCAUAUGCGUCAAACAGCUCACUGACUGUGCCUUGCUCGGCAGAAGCGCAGCCUCUUGCUUCAAUAUCGGGUACUCCAUUUGUGCCAAGCGAGCAGAAGAGAGCUGCGGACCGCGAAAGGCCUCGAGAAUUCCUCUGGAAUCGAGCAAUGAGCAGUUCCGAGCUGACAUCACCAAUGUGCUCAGAUGUACAGAAGGCCAGCGAGCGCUGCGGUCAGUGUGAGGAGAAGGCAGAAGUCUCCUGUGAACAGUGCGAAGAAGUCUUUUGCCAAAGUUGUGCGCAGAGCAUCCAUCGGUGGGGCCGCAUGGCUCGGCACCGUAUCAAAAUGCUUGCGAUGCCAACGGAUCAGAGUCUGUUGGCAACUAGCCAGCGUAACAGUCCAAAAAGACCUGCAGCCUUGCCAACGCAUAAGCUGCAGCCCUUAGGGCGAACAUUUCAUGCUUGUCCACAACAUCCUCAGGAGCCGCUGAACUACUUUUGUGACCAGUGCCAGUCAGACUGCAUUUGUGCAGAGUGCUGCUUGCAUGGAGCUCAUCAGGGUCACACUGUUCAAUGCGCGCUGAAGGCGGCUGAGCUGCUGCCGCGCAAGGUCGACGACCUUGCGGCAGCUUUACAUACCCGACAGCGAUCGGUGAACGCACAAGGAAACCGAAUUCUGGAAAGGAGGAUGGAAGUUGCCCAAGCUUUGUCGGAUGGACGGCAGGCUUUGCAGGCUGCCAUUGAGACUGCAAGUGCAUCACUCCAAAAGGAGGAGGGGAGGUUGCUGCAGGAAGCCGAGCAGAGCAUAAGCAUGUCCCUCAUGCCAGACCGAGAGGAAGUCGAGGGAAAGUUGGCAGAAACCCAUCGCAGGUUGUCUGCGUCCUUGCACUCUGGAGAUGCAGUGCGAGCAUUGACUUGGUUCAGAGUGCUCAAGGAGGCUCUUGCUGAGCCUCCAGCGGAUGCAGGUCAAGAAGUCUCUAAACAUUUGUGGGCUCUUCAAGGCUAUUUUAGCGAGAAGUGUGCGAACCUGCAGAAGGUAGCUGAGCGGCUGCAAUCUCUGCAUCCGGAGCUAGCUUGCGAGGAGAAACAAGGACGUCUCGAGAGUGAUCCAAGCUCUCGCUUCCAGGCCAUGCCUCCACUGAGGACACCAGGCGUGCGGACACGUGCGACACCUGGUACCCGAAGCCCCAGGUGACGUGAUCAAGGGCAGCUGUGUACGAUAGACAGCUUUUGCUCCGUGCCAAUGACCUUAUGUGACAGUCCAAAGUGGCUUUGCAAUAACGCAUCUCAAGAGACAAUGCAGAUUUGUUCUUGCACAAUCGCUGCUGAGUUGUGCUUCUUGGAGCGAUGUCUAGACGUGCGCUAUGCUUCGCUCAGGCCAUCCCAUACAACAGCA